AUUGCUCUCUAGCCCCAUCCCCCCUCCCCAGGACGCUGAAGGAACUGUUUGCUCUGACAGGAUUUGCUCACUGGCUGACUGCUGCAGUUGGACAGACAAUAACCCAGUGUGCCCCAGAGACAGAAAUCAUCUCAAAAUGGAUCAUCAGGACCACAUUAAUUCUGGACAGGUGGGUGACUCUCAGCACUCUCCUGGGAACAACAUUGCAUCUGGUGUAGCUGACAUCAAUGCUGUCCAUCAACUGGACUUGAAGAACGGGACAGGAGCACAUAUGGGAUAUGGGGGUGGUCCAGUAAAAGAGAAUACACAUGAACAAAUUCCAGAAGUGACCAUCCAAAAGCCAGUUGUGGAGGACUCCGAACCCAAGUCUCCCUUCCUUGAUAAAGAUGUCCCAUUGGAAGAGUUAACACCAGGAAGUCCCUGUCCGCCAGAGAGUGGCCGGAGCAGUGCAGCAUCACUGGAUGGUGAGGGAGAGAGGGAAAAUGGGGAAAAGGAGAAGUCUGUCAGCCCCCACCAGUCACCCAUGUCCCCACAUGGACUUCCAACAACCCUUGCCGUUGGGUUGGGUUCAGGGAUCACAGGCUUUGAAAGCCAGAUGAAGGGGAGUCCUUCAGAUAAGAUAUCUGACCAUCACAGUCCCAAUGGACUUCAGGAUGAAAAAGAGGAGAAUGAAAUAGAGAAGUCUGAGAGCAAAUUUUCUUGUUCUCCCAAUUUAAAAGAGGCUUCCAGGAGUCCCAUCAACAUGGUUGAACAGGGGGAAGAGCAAGAAGAAGAGGAAGGAGAAGAAGUUGGUGAUAAAGUAGAGGAAGAAACAGGAAUUUCCUUGGUACGCAGUUCUCUUGCUCCAGACUCAACACACCAGAAAGAUGGUAGCACUGAUUGCCAAUUUGAAGCCCCUACUCAUCUUCCCAUGACACCAGAGGAAGCUAAACAACGUGGCCUGUCCUUUGACUACACAGAACCUCAGGAUCCUUGUCAGCAGGUUGCCCCUGCAGGCUGGGAGUGCAGCUCUGACAAAACACCACCAGAAAGCAGGAGCCCCGACUCCUGCAGGGCAGAUCCAGGCUCACCCCUCUCUCCCAGUGCUGCUGCCGACCCCACCCAAGAGUCAUCAUCCCUCACAGACUUCCAAACUGAUGCUCGGGAGGAAGAAGAGGAAUCUGAGGUACCAGAACAAGAGCAGGAAGAGGAUGAGACCAGAAUUCCACCAUUUUCCCAAGCAGAAGUAGCACCCAAGGUGGUGCAUGAGGCAGAAGCCAAGUCAGAGGAAUCUGAAGAACCUAAAGAAGCAAAAAAGUUCAAGGAGGAGAAGCCAGAGAAGUACUUGGAGACAAGCGAUGAUGAUCUUAUCGAUGUGGAGAAGGUAGUGCAAAAUGUCCAGUCUGUUGCCAAACCAGAAUCUGUUGAUGCCAUAGCUAAGGUUGCUCCAAGCAAAGACGCUUCUGUCAAAGAAGCGUCUGCCAAAAAAACUAAGAAAUCUAUUGCUACAGUUGCUGCCACCCCUUCCCCCAAAUCUUCUCCAAAACUUCAGAAAACUCCCUCUAAAGAUGCUGCUCCGGCCAGAAAGGCAAACCUCCCAGGUGCCCUAUCUAAAGCAAAAACUGGAGCAGGGGCAACUCCUGAAAAAAAGGCUGGAGAUGUCAAGACGAAGACAGCAGGUGCCAAACCCCAAGGAGUAGGUGUCAAAAUCCCUGCUGCUUCACGGAUGGAGCAGCGAAAGGCAGGACCAGGGUCCAUUGAAAGAGCUGACUCACCUAAAACUCCAGACCGUAGUGGAUGCAGCAGCCCUGCCAGUCGGUCCUCCACACCUGGACAACAGGUGAAGAAAGUAGCCGUGGUGCGCACCCCACCCAAAUCACCUGGCUCAGUGAGAUCCCGCACCCCCAUUGCCCCUGUUGCACCCCUGCCUGACCUGAAGAACGUCAAGUCCAAGAUCGGCUCUACUGAGAACCUCAAAUACCAGCCUGGAGGCGGGAAGGUUCAGAUCGUUCACAAAAAGAUUGACCUAAGCAACGUCCAAUCAAAGUGCGGCUCAAAGGCGAACAUUCAUCACAAACCAGGAGGUGGAAAUGUGGAGAUCAAAACUGAGAAAUUGGAAUUCAAAGCCCAGUCAAAAGUUGGAUCUCUUGGCAACAUUGGACAUGUUCCUGGGGGUGGCCAGAAGAGGAUUGAGAGCCACAAGGUAAAUUUCCGAGAGCAAGCCAAAGCGCGCACUGACCAUGGCGCUGAGAUCGUGUACCAGUCCCCCAACAUGGGAUCCACAGACGGAUCACCUCGCCGCCUCAGCAACGUGUCUUCCUCGGGCAGCAUCAACAUGACCGACCCACCGCAGCUGUCCACGCUAGCUGACCAGGUGUCUGCCUCCCUUGCUAAACAAGGCCUGUGAGCUCCCCCCUCUCCCACAAGGGUAAACGGAACAAAAUGGGUCAGCGAUUGACAAAAAAGUUUCUCCUUCAGUCCUUUCAAAUAAGGUGAUUGUCGGAUUCUCCCAACUAAAGGUUAUCCCAGCAGCUUGUCUGCUUAUGAAAUCAUUUUUGCCUCUUGGCACAGAGGGACUCGUAUUGAUGUUAUUGGCUUAGUAGCCAUCAUAAAAACAAAAAUAUUCAAAUUUAAAAGGAGCUGGUGGUGUAUUGAUCCAAAUGGUCAUUUACAGCACUGAGUAGCCUGAAUUUUUUUUAAUUGGCCUGUUUUUUGUUUGUUUUUUUAAAGAAAGCUUUCAAAGCUGUAUUUGCUUUGUUGCCUUAUUGUGAAUUUCUGUAUUUUUAUUUACCAUAACUUUUGCACUCCUGUUUUAAAAGGCAAACGUGCUAUAUGGUUUACGUUCUAUAUGAUGCAGUUAAUAAUAAAGGCUAUGGAUUUGUUAGUACUGGAACAUUUCAAAUGCUCUUGGGUAAAAAUACUUGACUGGGGUCUUUAUAUCAUCAGGCUUUUGCAAACAAAUUUAAGAAUGAUAGAGAUCUGCUAUUUAUUUGACACUAAUGCAUCAGUGGGCACUUCAGACAAAGUGCAUGCUACUGUUCUCUGAUAUAAUCGCUCAAAUACUAUGCUUAGUUUACAGCAUAAAGACAGUAAAAACCUGCUUUGAUAAAUAACUAUUCAAAACGGUUCAGUCCGUUUUAACAAAAUCUGAAAAUCCUGGUACUAGAAUUGCCCGUUAGUUAAUAUCUUCAGAUUAAAUAGCAUACCUUUAGAACUACACAUCCACACCUACAACAUCAGAGCAGGAUAUUUUCCACGCUUAUGAUCUUUAGUCUUGCCACGAAUUCACAGGAAGUUCCAUUGCUAAAUCAAAUUCAUUUGCUUGGCCUCAACUGACUGUUUUGAAGUAGAAAGCAAUGUCAAUCAGUCAGAUACUCAAAAAACAUCUAAAUCUGUUGGUAAUUAGUUUCCCAGCACAACAGUCUUCUAACCAAUAUCACUGGUACAUGCACACUAUUUUUAACUUGCCAUCCCCAUAUGGUAAUGUUUCUGAUGGAUUCAAGCCUCUGCAUAUAAAAAAUCCACUGUCUCAAUGAAUGUGUGAAUGGACCAAUGCAGUUGAUAUGAGAGGAUCUUAAAGUUCUAAAUAAAAUAUCUGUAACAUAUCGAGAAAUCUCAUAGUUAGAAAAGAUGGCUGAAAAGUGCCUCCCAGUGUGUAUCAGUAACAGAAAAUUGUCUAUGCUUUAGAUAUUCUCUUUGGUCUAGAACAGUUCUUAUCAUGUACAGCAGCACAGAGCUGAAACAUUUGGUGUGAAAUAUGAUGCAGGAUAUUUAAUAAAGCCAACUCCCUUCAAUGUACUCAAUAUACAGUCCAAACCACAAAGCUAAUACUGCACAUUCCCAGCUUGCAAUAGAGUUCACCAUGGUCAUGAAUAUAGUAACUAACCAAAUCCCUUUAUAACUGUUUAAAAAAUGUCCUUUACUUUUAGAAAGAAAACGAUGCUACCUAAAAAAAAAAAAAUCCAGCUUUAUGUUGCACUAUUUUUUUUUUUUUUGUAAUAUUAUUAUGUGGAUGAUGUUAAAGAUGUACAGAUUGUUCCAGUCUGAUACUAAGCUUAUUUCACAUGCUUCAGUUCAUUGAAACUUUUUGUUCUUUUGAAAAUGAAUGCACUGAUUGGACAUGCAUCUUAAAUGAAUCUGCCUCUACUCAAAUAAACCACACUACUGAAUAUAUGUAUAACUUACAUUAAAUGAUUGUGAUAGAGGGUAAAAUUUGCAUCCAUUGAUCAGAAUCUGCAAUAUCAGCCAAGGACUUGUCUAACACCACAUAGAUCUGCCGUAACCCAGCAAUGUAGUGCACUCUUAACAGCAUGCUGCUAUCAUAAACCUGAGCAUUUAGACCUGGGUUAAGCUGAAGAAAAUAAGCCAGAUACAAAUUUUAAAAAUGGCACGGGAUGAGGCCUUUCGGUAAUUCUACCCUUUAACUGUAUUUCAAACCGUCCUGUAAUCUGUUAAACCAGUUCAGAGGCCUCUCUUCUCCCUCUAAUUCAUUUCCUGCCUCUGCUCUUUUCACUGCAGUUCUUCAUUCUAGCUUGACAGUUGUGAUUGUCCUUAUCGUAAUGUGUUUCAUUACUUGGUUUACGCUGAUACUCCUUGCUGUAAACGUGAAUUUGGAAAUAAAGUCCGUAUUUAACUGCUGUCCA